AUGCGUUGGGGGAUGGUGCAAUUUGCUGUUCUUACUGUCACCAUUUACGCUCUAAUCUUCAGAGUCGCGAGAACGCCUCCGGUGGAAGAGUCUCCGAUGGCCAGGAUUGGACAUGAGCGCAGAAAACGCCGCUUCAAGUUCCCUCGUCCGUUUGUAGAAGUUAAAGUCGGCAUGGGCAAAGCAUCUGCAAAGAAACGGUUCAAUCUUGUUCGCUGCUGGAAUCUUGAAGAAAACGAUUUCCUCAGAACACCAACUGGAUAA